CAAAGCAAUUAUUAGAGACCCCAGUAGAAGUAAUUUCUGUAGUAAGUGUAUUGGAAUUUGUGAUUGCGAUUCAAUUGGAAAAGGAAAAUCAGCUGAAAGAGCAGGCCAUUAGACAAUUCUUCAAAUCAUAG